AUGAUCGUCGCCGCGCCAAACGACGACACCGUCGCGCCGUUGGAGCCUGCGGAGCCGCCGCUCCAAAAUGUAGAGCUGGAAGAAGUCCGAGAAAAAACAAGUUCGAGCGAUAAAACAACUUCUGUUUUCCAGCGCGUAUUCGCCUCAAUCUCUUGGAUCUAUAGAGCGUUCGUGACCCUUCUCAUCAUGUUCCUGUUCAAACUCUUCGCUUUUUUCAAUUCGUGUUUCAUGACGUUGCCGGUUUUAUUGCCCAUCAACGCGCAUCCGAGCAAAGAUAACACCCACCGAGAAGGAGGAUCAGGCCCGAUUGUUCCCUAUUGGAUCGAGACGAAAAUUAAAUUUUGGUGCUUUUUGCACAUCGUGUUUAACAUUCAAGUCCCGGCGAGUUGGGUAAAGGCUUCGUACGCGAAACUGAUCGAGUUAAACAAAGACGUCCGAGACGCGGAGACGCAAGGUAUGUUGUUAAGGUUUUUUUACGUGUGCUUAUUUUUCUUUUCCCGCGGCUUCGCGCGACGGCGUAAAAUAUCUAACUUUCAUCUCGACGUUCUCUCCUUUUGGCGGACAUUUUUGAUAGAGAUUCCGACGAUUGUCGUUGGGCCGGAUUUUGAUUAUAAAAAAUUCUUCCGCGAGUACGUGAAACGACCGCACCCGGUGGUGUUGAAAGGCUUCGCGAAACAGUCGCCGGCGGUAAAGAAAUGGUCCGUGGAUUGGAUAGUCGCGAAUUUCGGGAACGAAAAAGCGUUGACGAAGACGUUGUUGGGUGAUAACAUACCCGGGAGAGUAAAGGAUAUCAACACCCCGGGGACGUAUUUGCACAAUUGCGAAGCGAUUUUCGUGAAUCAUCCAGAGCUCGUGGAGGAUUUGGAGUUAUCGAAAUUAUUGCCGUUCGUUUCCGCCGACGGUAAUCCGAAGAACCCGCAUUUGGCGAACUUACAUCCACGCGCUGGACCUUUGCCGAUUCAGUUCUUUCUGGGACGAGGCGGAACUGGUACCGGUUUUCACUGCGCGAACGGCUUCAACUGGUUUUACAUGAUCGAAGGUUCUAAAAAAUGGACCUUCGUCGAUCCCCGUUGGACCGUUUUGACGUUUCCGGCGUUAAACCGCGGCGCUCUGUACCAAUCCUGCGCGGUGACCGAUCCGAACACCGUCCUCGAGAAAUAUAAACCGCUCUGGCGCGUCUGCCCGCGUUACGCCGCUAUCGUUGAACCCGGCGACGUCCUUUUGAACCCGCCAUGGUGGUGGCAUUGCAUCGAGAACCUCACCAAAGAUUCCACCGCCGUCGCCACUCGAUGGAUGGACACGAAAACAUUACGUCCGUUAACCGGCAUCGGUACCGACGCCAACCGUCUUUUCACCGCGUUUCAAAUCUUCUCCCCGGUGUUUCUAAAACUCCAAUUCUCGCUCAUCAUGCGAGGCAUCCACGCCACGCCGGACGAACACACGCAAGUCGACACCGACGAAGACCUCGAAAAACAACACGCUCAGCGCACCGCCAAAGGCGCUCAACACGAAGACGCCACCAGAGUCACGGCCGCCUUAAACUCCAACGAAGAACAAGACGCCUACAAAGCGUACUACGCCAACAAGUGGGGAUACGCCGACCAUUUGCCAAAAUCAAACGUCCAAAACGGUGAAACUCGCGACGACAUCGAAUCGAACAAGUUCGAUCAAGGGCAAGGGAAAUGGACCAUGGACACGAUGAACUUUCGAGGCCGUUAA